UUCAACACCCUUGUUUCUUCGGAAAUGUGGCCUCUUCUGGGAAUUUUUGCUGUCAUUGCCUUUUGCCUUAUCUGAUGGAAAGGCUGUCAUUUAGAACGCGUUGCAGCAGCAUUCGAGCAAUCAAGACGGCAAAUGCAACGCGGAAGGCGAAACCUGGGUUGAUUUCCCCUAUAUUAGCGAGUCGUCUGGAAAGCUAUCCGACGAAGUAGCUGUAACCGCCGGCGAAAAUUCUCCUGAUUCGAGCUCGCAGUUUCAAAGGAUCGGUUACGUCUGCGACAAAGUUAUCAUAGAGAGCUUGAGAAAAGAGCUUAGCGCCGCGCGUCUGCUGCGAAUCGAGUUGGAGCGAAGAGUGAAGAACUCAGAAAAAAACUGCGGAACUUCUCAGGCAACUUGCAGCGUUUUGGAAAAACAGUUAUCUGAAUUGUCGGAAGAAUUGAGGAAACAAAAAAACAGUUUUGACAGUCUGAAAAAGAAGUACAGCGAACGAGAGGGUAACAUAAAACAACUUGGAAACGACCUCGUCCGGAUGUCUGAAGAAGUGAGUCGGUGUGAAAAGAAGAACCUACAGCAAAAGGCAGCGUACGACAAAUGUCUGGACGACAUCGCGCAGCACGUCGCCAAAGCAUUGGUCGAUCAGGAUCAUUUGAAAAAAGAAUGCGAUCGCUUGAAUAGUCGCGUGAUUCAACUCGAAUGGGAGAACCGAUUGUUGCGCGCUCAGAUGCAGUUUUCGUUGCAAAGUUCUGAAGAAGUGUCGCGCAUAAGCGAGCGCAAUGCUGGUUGUUCGGUCAAUUCUCGCUUAUUCAGUUCGGCCGUUUUUUGUAACUCUUCUCAAAUCGAGCCGUCGAAAGAUCUGGCACUGUGCUCACCACAGAGCAACGCUGGCGAAGGGCUAUUUAGCCGACCGGUUUCGUUUUGCCUUGACAAGUACACGGAUUUCAACGCAGUGGCGAAAGUAAUCAAUAGCGCUUGCGGUGAUGGCGGGCUCAACGCUGAGUCGAUGAAAACGCUUGACGAUUCUAAUGAUGAUAGUUUGCCGGGGGAGACGCUUCCCAAUGAAAAUGACUAUUGCACGGACGAAAUCAAAAACUUCUCCAGAAUCUCAGAAGAAUGCACUGUUAGCCACGCAGGUCACAGCUCAGUGACGGCUUUGAGCGAAGCAGUUAGCGGUUGUUUUGUUAACAGUCGAGGAUCGUCUCCUUUUAAAAGCACCGACUUGGCGCUGAAAGUCCAGUGCCCGACCAGCGGCAAGAACGCUGGUAACGACGAUGGAGUCGAGGUUCUUACGGCUACGGCUGGGUUCUCUUUCAGCAGCUGUUCUGAUAUCGCCGAUAUGAAGAAGAGUGUGAACGUUAUUAAGGAUAAGGACAGCGUAGCAAUGACUGAUUCUGCUGUUUCCAUGAAACCAUGCGUUAAUGACAGUGACAUGUGUCCGCAGGUUAAUCAUAUCGUCGCUAAAGAUGGUACCGGAACGGAACCGAAUCAAAAACUGCAAGUUCUUGUGCAUAUGCUGCACAGUGUGAAAAACGACUUUCCGUUGCAUGAUAAGCUACCGUCGUCAAAAACAUCACUGUAUUCAUGCCUCAGAAAGUGUAUGCCCCUUAAACAGUACGCUCUGGACGAUGGAUAUUCGACGAUGUCCAGCGAGAUUCAUGCUGAUUCGCUGCCGUUGUUAUACUCUUCUUGGGCACAAGCCAGUUUUCUGCCCGACUCUCUAUCGACAACUGCUGCUGCAUGGAGGCGGCAGCUGACACUGCCGGUUGCUGGUUUGAGACUCACAAAAAGUUGCGAACACUUUGGUUUCGAACUAGAGUCAAACUUCCACAGUUUUGCCGGUGUUCGGUGCUUUUCCGAUUCAGCAUUGUGCCUUAGGAAGUUAUUUAGCAAUCGCGACCAUAUUACAGGACGCACACGUUUCCAUCGACGGUUAACGGCAAAUGGCGAACGCUGUUUCUUGGAACCCUUUCUUUUGCCGAAUUUCAAUAUGACCUGGCCAGAAGAUGGCGGCGAAGCUCUCUCUGAGUUUGCGGACAAUGAAGAGAAUGUGAAUUUUCACUUGCUGGAUUGCGACAGGUCUGACAGCUCCUCGAACGUCGACUGCGGUGGCAGGUAUGAUUUAGAUUCACUAGAUAUUGGCGAAUGUGAGCGGAUAAAGACGUCGCCACCAAAACGAUCGUCAGAAACGAAGCCUUCACGUCGCUCUGCCGUUAGCGAUAAAAUCCCGGCGACGCCUUUCGCGGCUGCAGCUUCGGCGGCGGACAUUGAUUCUUCGCUGAGCAGCCAUGAUGUCAGUUCAAAUCGUGAUUCCAAGAUGAGCGUUGUACGUUACAUUCCGCCUGGCAUUCGUCCUUCAGUGCUGCGUCACGACAUAUUUGGCCGGUUUGGAACCGAGGAAAAGGUGGCGCUGGCCAGUUUUGACUUUCUUAAUUACUACGACACGCUCUCUUGCUCGAGUGAGUCAAAGCUCAAAUGGCAAAACUGUGAGCAUCAUCGACCAAACGGCAAACGCCGUCGCACCCGCAGCUUGGACAACAGCUUGGCAACGCAGCUGGAUAAAAACUUGAAUGCGAACCUGUAUGAGAACCUUCCUUUUCACCUCCAUAGGAACCAGUUGGCUUCUUCCUCAAAGGCGACAGCGUCAUCUAGCAUGACAUCGUCCAACUCGCCGUUGUGCCGGUCGCGUUGGCGUAGUCACUGCAGCUCUGUCAGCAGCUUACGAUCGUCGCAUAGCUGCGGAUCUUCGUUGUUUCUGAGUGAUCUCUGCGCUGCUGAUCAGACUCUAAGUUCGUGCUCAUCGCUGAGCUUUCAGUUCUGA